UUUUUGUUGCUUGGGCGCCUCCUUCUUUCUCCCGCCGUCCACUCUCCUCUGGUUCUCCUUCGCUCACAGUCGCGAACGACUGACGCCGAUUCUCCGACUGAAACCAGUUCUUCUUCAAUCGCAGUCGCCACUCUCACCGGCGAGCACUCGGCAGCAACAGAUUAAUUACGUCUCUCAUCUUCAGCAACGGAUUGGCUAGAUCUCUCCGUCUCCAGCGUGACCUGAGGUUUAAUCUCUCUAUCUCUGGCUCUCUCUAUUUCUAUCCAACCACCGCCUCCUUCAUUUUACGGCCGCCGGCGAAUCUGUUCCGAUCCCAACUUUUCCCCCAAAACCCCAAACCGGAAUAAACCAAACCGAAACAGAUUGCGGUUCAUAAACUAAUUUCUCUUUUUCCUGAUAUCGGUUCCGUUUUCGGCUUAAGAAAACCGAAUCGAUAGUCGUUAUAUUCGAUCGAAUUGGUUUAGUGGCUGCAUUUGUUGCCCUAAUGGUGGGAAACUGGGGCCUGAGUGAAUAACGGUUUCCUUCAAGGUUUCUGUUCCAAUCCUCGCUUCCUGAAUUGCUAAUAGCUUCAUGUUGAUGAAUUGAUUUUAACACCUGAUACGUGCAGUCUGGUCAGAGCUGAGGUAUCAGAGUGUCUAAGAUGGAGAGUGAUGCGGAUGCUGUGAAAAAAACGCAGCUGGUGGAGGCCCGAGCAAGAAAUAUUAGUCACAAUGUUAGGUGCAUUGAGUGCGGUAGUCAAUCCAUUGAAGAUUCACAAGCUGAUAUUGCGAUUCUCCUUAGAAAGUUGAUCCGUGACGAGAUUCGGUCGGGGAAAUCAGACAAGGAGAUCUUUAAAAAGCUCGAGAAUGAUUACGGGGAGACGAUCCUUUAUACCCCAAAGUUUGACCUCCAAACUGCAGCAUUAUGGCUAUCACCGGUGUUAGUGGCUGGUGCUGCUGCAGGAGUAUGGGCUUAUAGCAAGUACAAGCAAAAGUCUAACGUUCAUAUCAUGGCUUUGAAUAUCGUCAGGGGCGUUCCAUUGACCCCUAGAGAGAAGCAAACCAUGUUAGAUCUCCUCUCACCUCCACCACCUCAGAGAGCCGCUUCUUUAUGGUGGAGGAGAUGGCGUAGCCAGUGAGGUAACUACUCUCCAUUGCUAGCUCGAACAACAGUCCUAAGAAUUUCAAUGGCUUGGUUCAAAGACGAGCAACACAAAAUGAAGCAAUGAAAGCUCCUCACUGUGUCGUAAUAAUCACCUCGAAAAACAUGUUUGGCGGUCUCGUUGAAUAAUUUUUCAUGUCUGUGUCUUUUUUCUUCCCUCAUUGUCCAUUUUAUGUAUAAAUAGGUAUAUUUCUUGAGUGAUGUUAUUGUUCAAUUGGUUCA